AUGAGCGAUGAUACAUCCCCGAAGGAGCCGCAAAGCUUCAGUCCUGCCGAUCGCAUCGAGCAGCUGAACGCAGUGGAUAAGGACUUGAACAAACUGGUAUGGUCCGCUGCAAGUGCAAUUGAGGUUUUAACCUCUGCGAAACUGGCCUCUUCAUCCCCCGCGAUCGACGGCUCGGUCGGCUCGCGGAAAGCUCUGUUCUCACAAGCCUGCAUGGUCUACUUUAAGCUCCUCUCCUCGGUGGAUGUUCAGCUUCGCCGCCAGGUACACGCCCUCGAAGAAUAUUUCUAUACACACGAACUCGGCGCACCCGCAGUCGACCCAAUGGCUGGAGCCAAAAUCGAGGGAGGCGCGGAUAAUAAGUUCUCCACUUCGGGCUCACUGGAUAUCGGCCAACUCAAAGUACGGAAGGAUGCAGCCUGGAAGGAGUUGGAGGCUGAACGGUGGGCUGCUACUGAGGGUUUCGUUGUGGAGGAUAUUCCGCAGACGACCCAGGACGAAAAGCCUGCGAAUGAACUGCAGGAUAUGUAG